AAAAAAACAAAGAGAAACCUAGCCCAUCAACGGGUGCUUAAUGUCCUUCAUUUCGGCAGUAAAAAAAAAAAAACUUCUUUUCGUCAUUGUGCUGGUCUCUGUUAGGGAACCCAAACAGAACUCCGCUACAAAUGCCUUUUGCGGGGCAAGAGAUUCUUUCGGCUUCUUUUUCGUAGACGGAUCUGCCGUAAACAUAACACACACACACACACAAAGCAGCCAGCCAAGCAACAACACACAAAUCCAUAGAACCCAAUAGAGAACACACAAAAAUGGGGCAUGGAAAAGAUACAAAUCCAGGAAAACCACCCAACGGCUCGACUUGCGCUUCUUUUACUUGUUCUUCUCCUCCAUCACAUUCACCUCGACCCAUGUUUACCACAGUCGAACCACUUCCCUCAAUAGCAACAGCGACAGCUACAUUAAAUCUCGGUGGCCCAAUGCGAAGGCCUCAUCGAACCCACACCACUCCUCGCUACGACCCAUUAUCCUCAUCGAACAACAGACUGUCGGCAACCGACAGAACCUUUAUUGACUUUACGCGCUGCCUCUACCAAACCAAAGCCAUCGUCAAAGGCCUACAGCAAUUCAGCAAUUCCAUUUGUCCAGCACUACGUCUUUCACCAUUCAACGGGCAUUCAGCCUCGUCAUCGUUACACGAUCCACGACUCUCAUCGGAGGACUUUGUCCGCCACGUCAACCAGUAUCUUGAUAACACGUUCCAAAAAGUAUCACGGCUAUGUAAAAUGCUACUAUUGAUUCUGGAGCGCAUCGAACGCAGUGGAGAAGUAAAGCGGGAACGCAUCGACUCGUUUCGCACAGAAGUAUGGGAGCAAAUGCGGAUAGCGACGUACACCAAAGAGACGCUGAUACGGUAUAUUCAACAACACAUCGACUCUGCCUCGCCAUCAAUACACUCGGUUGUCACGUCGCCUGCUUCUGACAGUGCGUUGACUCCUUCAUCAACAGCAUCAUACCCACCCUCUUCAUCCGCUGUAUGACCACGAUACUUUUGUAUAUCCCGCUCUUUCUUUUCUUUCUUCUUCUCACCUUUGUCCUUCAAACCGAACAACAACCACAUGUAUCAUAGCCGUCUUCAUUGUUUUUCUUUCUUUUUUUUUCCUUUUAUCGCAUUUGCAACUCUAGCACACACACACACACUUCUACUCAACUAUGAGUCUUCCCACCAAAGUACCAUUAUUACACGAUAUAUAAACCCAAUCACGCAUACUACACAUCCUUGAAUCCACUUGUAUCCCCCCUCACCGCCCUCAAGCUAAUAAAUAACACCACUUGUUGAG